AUUACUACAUCCACCCUGAGUGAGUGUUCGCACUCACACGACGACCGCACCGGACGAGACCCCUGCCGCUGAACACCUUUCUUCACUGCACCUCUUCUUCUUCAGACCCGAUCCGAUCCGAUCUGAUCCUUUCCGUGCCAUGGCCAAAGGAGAAGGAGGAGAACAAUACUCCAACACCAGUUUGUUGAAUAAACCGCUCAACUCGGAUGGCGUCCAGCUCGCCAAGAAGUAUGAGCACAAGGACAAGUUGUCAAUCUGCAACAAGUUGAGCUAUGCUAUCGGUGGCGCACCCUACCAGAUCACUGGAUGUGCCCUGGGCUUCUUUCUGCAGAUUUAUCUUCUGGAUGUUGCUCAGCUGGAUCCCUUCUAUGCCUCCAUCAUUUUGUUCGGUGGCCGAGCAUGGGACGCAGUGACGGACCCCACAGUGGGAUUCCUGGUCUCCCGGAGCCCAUGGACACGUUUCGGGCGCAUGUUGCCCUGGAUCCUCCUCUCAACCCCACUGGCUGUGCUCUCCUACUUCCUUAUUUGGUACGUUCCUCCCUUUGAGAAUGGCAAAGUCAUCUGGUACCUUUUCUUCUACUGCCUCUUCCAGACCCUUCAAACUUGCUUCCAUGUGCCAUACUCUGCCCUCACCAUGUUCAUCAGCUCUGAGCAGAAGGAGAGAGACUCUGCCACUGCCUACAGGAUGACGGUGGAGGUCCUGGGCACCGUGCUGGGCACAGCCAUCCAGGGUCAGAUAGUGGGCAUGGCCAAUGCGCCCUGCCUCCCUGGACCUGCUGAAAUCGCUGCUGCACUGAACAACUCCACUAAGUCUGUUGCACUCAAUGACUCGGGGCCUGUCAUUUCCCUGGAGCACACGAAAGCGGCUUACAUGAUUGCCUCUGGUGUCAUCUGCGCCAUCUACGUCCUCUGCGCUAUCGUUCUUUUCUUCGGUGUGAGAGAGAAAAAAGAUUCUUGUCGUCCCAGGUCAGAGCCCAUGUCUUUCUUCCAGGGAAUUAGGUUGGUGAUGGGGCACGGGCCGUACGCCAAGCUGGUCAUGGUCUUCCUCUUCACCUCAUUGGGUUUCAUGCUCUUGGAAGGAAACUUCGCUCUCUUCUGCAGCUCCACCCUUGGCUUCAGAAACGACUUCCAGAAUAUUUUGCUGGUCAUCAUGCUUUCCGCUACUCUGGCCAUCCCCUUCUGGCAGUGGUUCCUCACUCGCUUCGGGAAAAAGACGGCGGUUUAUGUUGGCUCCUUGUCUGUGGUUCCCUUCAUGAUCCUGGUGGUGUGUCUGAAGAGCAACCUGAUCGUCACCUACAUCGUCUCCUUCGCUGCUGGGGUCGGAGUGGCCGCAGCCUUCUUGUUGCCCUGGUCCAUGCUGCCCGACGUUGUUGAUGAUUUCCAAGUGCAGAACCCGAACUCCACCGGCCACGAAGCUCUCUUUUACUCCUUCUAUGUCUUCUUCACUAAGUUUGCCUCUGGCGUCUCCCUGGGCAUUUCCACUCUCAGUUUAGAUUUUGCAGGCUACAUCAGCAGAGGCUGCUCUCAACCAGAGGAGGUGCACAUAACCUUGAAGGUGCUGGUUUCCGCCGCGCCCGUCGCUCUCAUCAUUGUUGGCCUGUCCAUUUUGUACUUUUAUCCAAUUGAUGAGGAGAGAAGACAGGGCAACCGCAAACUGCUCCAGGAACAGAGGGACAACGAGACAGAUUCAGACACAGAGACGACAGAGACGACAGAGCUAACCAAAAUGGCGUAGGAUGACCCGUGGACCAAUCGGGUGAUCAACUUGGCACUUUGCACUGGACAGGACAUGCGGACCUGUCGGCCUUCUCGCAUCACACAGACACCACUCUAUCCAAUCACACUGCUGCUGUUCCACGUCUCCAGAAAUGUGUGUUUUUCAAAAGAAUCGCUUCGAACCACGCUGCGGACUCUAAGAACAAACACACCUGCCACAUCUGGGACAUUUUCCUGCCAUGAAAUUCAUUUCCUCUUUGAUUCCGGAUCUCAUAAAGACUUAGGUUUUGUAUCACAUACAAUUU